AUGGGCCUGGAGAGACUGAAGUCCCGGGGUUUUUUGACGCUGCUGGUGCGUGUGGGGCUUGUGGUCUGCGCGGUGGGACUGUGCGUGCAUGUUUACCUGGAGAUGACUCUGAGGCAUCAUACUGUGGCCCCAGCGCACGGACACACCGCUCAGGCCAAUGGGAGCGGAGCCAAAGAGGAGUCUGCUGCGGAGGCUCCUGAGGACAGCAGCCUGGAGGGAAAGAUGUCCCAAGUCAGGAUGCUCAAGAAGGAGAGCUUAAGAGAUGUGCACACAGCUCUGCAUCACAGAAAGGUGAGGUGUAGUAGAUGA